AUGGCGCAUCUGUCUUUGGGCACGAUCAGCAGAGGUCGGUUUAGAAGAGAGAAGGUUGCUAUCAAGAUAUUCAUUGGCGGACCCUCCCUGCCAGGACCUGGCUUCGCUAACGCAAUGAAAAAGAUGUUGGAAGAGUCUUCCCGGACCUGGUGUCGUGUUGAUCACCCAAACUUGGUACCUUUUUAUGGGGUUGCGUUCAACCUAGCCUACAUGCCAGCGCUAGUCUAUCCAUUCUACGCCAACGGGAAUAUCCUGUCUUAUCUAGGUCAGAGAUAUCCCAGUGAAAACGACCUCGAGGGAACGGAGAGGUCGCAGACUGUACUGGUUCUUUUAACAGAAGUCGCUAGGGGAUUGGAAUACUUACAUGGCUUCACCCCGCCAAUAAUACAUGGUGACGUUCGAGGUGCUAGCAUAUUUGUUGAUGACAAUGGGCAUGCUGUGCUCUGUGACUAUGGCUUAGCAUUAUCUACCCCCGCAGACCUCCCCGAUCAUGUAUUUGCGAGGCCAGUUGGUAUGGCUCGCUGGAUGGCCCCGGAAAUCAUGUACACCCGGAGACACGAAGAGACAUACGGUCCUCCUACAGGUCGCACUAAGGAAACCGAUAUCUAUGCGUAUGCGAUGACUAUUCUGGAAGUUUACACUGGACUCCCUCCAUUUGGUCAACUGGUGACCGAUGAAGAAGGGACACACCCGCUUGUCCGCAUCGACGAUGGUGCCGUCAAGAUUGUGAUGGAGGGGGGGCGGCCACCCCUCUCUGGAUUCCUUCAAUCCAACGAGACCCUUCGGGUCCUCGUGGAGAGGGCUUGGGACACGUUCCCUGAGAACCGACCCGACGCCGCUGAAAUUGUCAGCAUACUGGAGUCCAUGAUCCCCAAGGCUCCGGAAGAGACUUCAGCUGUCACAAUAGAGCCCAAAGCGACUCCUCGUGGUAGCAGCAAGAUCCAAGCAGCGUUUAAGCAAUUGUUUGUCUAUCCUUGGACGCUUGUUCGCACUUCCCUCAAAUCUGGGUAUGAUUCGCUACGAGGAUCUUUGCGCUAG